GGGAAAUUUACAGAAGCUCCAGUAAAAAACGUUUAGGCUGGAGUCUCGUCUCUGGAUAAUAUCAGCUUCCAAGAAGCCUUUGGAACGAGACGGUCGCAUCACCUCGGUUGCAAAUGUUCCUUCUGAAGGUCAGGAAGAGCGCGCUCGCCCCGGAAUUGUUUUUCAGAAAUGCUGAAAGGCACUUACUGCAACGAUGAUCUCUUCAGUACCCCCUACCAACUUUUGAAGGACUUCAGCUAGGAAUAACCGGCCUGUGAGCCGUCUGCGCCUUUGGGGGGUGACUACCGGAGAUGUGAUUAUUCGGAACUGGAGCUGUCUGCUGCGAAAAACCUCGCGCAAGAGCAGAGCAAAACAAAAGCCGAUGAGGGAACUUGUGUGCACCUUACUGUUCCUCCCAAACAAGAAGCAUCCUUGCCAGCGUCGCCUCCCCGGGGCAACACCGACAGUGAAAAGAACGGUGUCAGCGCGGAGCAGCAGCUUUCUGGCUGCGGCGUGGGAGCACAAACGACCCCCAAAGCACCCUUUCCCUCACCCAGUCCCACUUCCAGCAAGCAGAUCUUCGCCUGGAUGAAAGAAUCAAGACCGAGCACGAAGGUGGAAAAACAGCUCUUCAGACACAGGCUCAGCCAACGCGGUGUGCAGUGGUGAGAGAAGCCCUCCGGGUUCGGGCGCCUCCAAGCGCAUGUGGACGGCGUACACGAGCGGGCAGCUUGUGGAGUUUGAGGAGGAGUUCCACUUCAACCGUUACCUGUGCCCUCCUCGCCGAGUGGAGAUGGCCAAGUCCCUGAGCCGCAGCGAACGGCAGAUAAAAAUCUGGUUUCAGAACAAGAGAAUGAAGUACAAAAAGGAUAAGUCCCAAGGAGGUGCAGGGCCUCUCCAGCUGGAAGUCCAUCCAGUCCUUCAGUACAGUUACCAGCUGCUUUCAUGAACACCGUGCACCCACUGAGUGGAAGCUAAGACAUCCCUUCUCCACAGCCUUUAAUAAGAGGACUCCAAGUGAUUAUGGCAUGUCGGCAUCGUACCAGGACACAAUGAAAAGCUGCUCCAUCCAACAGCAGUACGACAGCUCCGUGCCAGAGUAUGACCCCCAUUGUUUGCACGAUCUCGGUGGUAGUUAUGAGACCUCAGAUAUGCGGAGUAGCUCUGCUUAUGUCGGUGGGAACUACAUGAAUGCGGGGUCAACGUCAGGCCAGUCCCUCUAUGGUGUCGAUCACCUAGCACAUCAGCUCAGCACCAUGGACUACUUUGGUGCCGCAGAGAUGCCCACAGGUCGAUACCCCGGAUCUUGUGACACAAACCCAUCGUACCCAGUGGAUCUCAUAACCAAAUUCCUGCUUGCAGACCAGGAUUAAGCGAUGAAUUUUGAAUUCGAAAGGGAGAUAGGUUUCAUUAACAGCCAGCCUACCCUUGCAGAGUGCCUGACGUCCUUUCCCGCUGUCCUGGACUCCUUUCAAACUUCAUCAAUCAAGGACUCGACAGUCAUUCCUCCUCCUCUAGAGCCCGCCGUCCAGUGCCUGAGUCCUUGCACCAGCAGCCAGGCACGGCUUCCGAGCCAAAAACGAGUUACAAAUGGCCUUCAGCUCGGAGCGCCGCAGCGACAGGCCACAGCAGCAGCAGCGGCCCCGGCAGCAUCGGGCCCGGCGGCGAGCAGCGGCCCUCUGGCCCCCGAGUUCCCCUGGAUGAGGGAGAAGAAGUCCUCGAAAAGAUGCCCGAGAGCCGGCAAUGUCACCGCGGCUGCUACUGCGACUGCUACUGCUGUCCCCUCCCCGUCGGCCUCCUGCGGGGUGUCCGCCGCGGGCUCCUUCGACUCUCCGCCAGACGCGCAGAUGUGUGCAGAGAGCGGCGGCGGCAGCGGCGGCGGAUCGCGGCGCCUCAGGACAGCCUACACAAACACGCAGCUCCUGGAACUGGAGAAGGAAUUCCACUUCAACAAAUAUCUGUGCCGGCCUCGUCGGGUCGAGAUUGCUGCCCUGCUGGAUUUAACCGAGAGACAGGUCAAGGUGUGGUUCCAGAACAGGAGGAUGAAGCACAAACGGCAGGCGACGAGUCACAGGGAGGGCCACGAGAGCGACCCGUGCGGCUUCGAGGCCACGGAGGCGGCUGAUGAUGCGGCUUCGCCCUACUCCCUCAACCCGCUUGAGGCUUCCGUCUCCGACGCGCUGGACAGGGAGACGACGUGCGGCUCUGCCUCCUCGAACCCGAACAGCACUGACAAGAACCAGCAAAGUCCCGAGAACAUCCGGCGCAGCCGCGCGGAGCGUGGCCGUGGAUCGCCCGUGCAUGAAACGCCUACUUCAGAUCACCUUUGUACGAUGGUGCAGCUGUGCGCAUCUGGCCCGGAUCGUUCGUUUUCGGGGGCCCAGGAUGCGUCCCCCCUCUGCGACCUGAGCGUGUUUUCCAGCGACUCCUGCCCACGCCUUUCCGACGCUCUUUCGCCCAGUUUGCAGAGCUCCUUGGACAGCCCGGUGAAUUUCUCCGAGGAGGACUUCGAUUUGUUCACAAGCGCUCUUUGUACCAUCGAUCUGCAGCACUUACAGUUUUAACUGGGAACGAGUCGACGACAGGGGAUCUUAACAAACUACUCUGUUUACUUCCAGACCAGUGACAACCGCUGAGAGGAACAAAAAUAAUUCAUUUUAAAUAUGGAAGCAGUCCAUUCUUUUACAUGCAGGGUAAAAGAUUGACUAGUUUCCCUAGAAAGACCCGUUUAUUUAAGUGAGAUGCCGUCAAAAUGGUCCCGGUUGAAUUUCAGGUAGCCCACAGAUGUUUUAUUUAUUUAUUUAUUUAUUUAUUUGAAUUUCUUAAAUUAUUGGCGAUGGAAACGGACAACUGCAAGUCAAUCGUUGAAUUCUCAGGAAAAUGUGUACAGUGUAUUGGUUAGGACUGCUUGCUUGGAAGGAUUUUCUGGAGACGGAC